AGUCAUUAUUUGAAACAACUGUAUCUUAGCAAGUCAUUGAAACAAUGAAGUCUCCCGAAAAGCUGAGUGUCUUCAUUUUUAUUUUACUUAACAUGAACAAUAAAGUCUCUAGCAAAAAUACAGAUGAAGGUGACAAACAAUGGUACAAAACGUCAACACUAUAUCAAGUUUAUCCAAGAUCCCUGAAGGACUCGAACGGUGAUGGUAUAGGUGACCUUAGAGGAGUCAUUCAGAAACUAAAUCUUUUUGUUGAUGCUGGUAUUACCGCUUUUUGGCUUUCCCCAAUUUUUAAAUCCCCUCAAGUUGAUCAAGGUUACGACGUCAGUGAUUACUACACCGUCGAACCAGAUUAUGGAACGAAUGAAGAUCUCUAUGAAUUAAUUCAACUAUCCCAUGAAGCUGGUAUCAAAGUUUUAUUAGAUUUCGUCCCAAAUCAUACCAGUGACCAACACGGGUGGUUCAAUAAGUCUAUCCAUAGAGAAGAUGGUUAUGAUGAUUUUUAUAUUUGGGCUGAUGGUGUUGUGGAUAGCAAUGGGGAAAGGCAACCACCAAACAACUGGUUAAGUCUUUUUGGUGGCAGUGCUUGGGAAUGGAACCAAAUAAGGCAACAAUAUUAUUUUCAUCAAUUUACUGUUCAACAGCCGGAGUUAAAUUACAGAUCUCAGGGUAUGGUCAACGCUCUAAAGGAUGUAAUGCAAUUUUGGCUCGAUAAAGGAAUCGACGGUUUUCGGGUUGAUGCUGUACCCUACCUUGUUGAAGAUGCUAAAUUGACAAACGAGCCUGUCAAGGAUAUUGCCGGUUGUUCGUCGACCAUAUAUACAUGUUUAGAUCAUAUUUAUACAAAAGACCAACAAGGAAGUUUUGAGGCCGUAUACGAUUUCAGAGAUUUUGUUGAAAAUUAUACUGAUACAGUCGGAGGUGACCAAAGAAUUAUUGUAACUGAAGCCUACUCGCCUCGAAAUAUUACCCUUCUCUAUUACGGCAACAGUGACGGAAGUCGUUUGGGGGCUCAUUAUACCUUCAAUUUCGAUUUCAUACAGUACUUGAAUUUCGACUCAAGUGCCUCUGACAUUGCUAAUAUAAUAAAUUGGUGGCAAGAGAAUUUGAAUACUUCUUGGAUACGAAAUUGGGUGAUGGGUAAUCACGAUAACCAUAGAGUAGCAACGAGACUGGGAUACCCAGAUGCUUACAAUAUGCUCGUAGAUGGAUUUUUACCCGGUGUAUCUGUAACUUACCAAGGAGAAGAAAUUGCUAUGGAAAAUGGAGAAGUAGAUUGUACACAAGGCAAAGACCCCAAAGCAAACUGUUCUAAUUUUGAAUCUGUGAGUAGGGACUUUGAACGAACCCCGUUUCAGUGGGACUUUUCCAAAAAUGCUGGUUUUAGCGAUGCAAAUGAAACUUGGCUUCCAGUCAGUAGCAAAUACCUCUCCAAUAAUCUAGCAGCUCAAAACGUUACGGGCUUAAAGAGCCACUACAACUUAUACAAAGACUGUAUCAAGUUUCACAAGAAAUUAUCCGAGGAAAGUGCGAAAGUUCAGUUUCAGGAACUAAAUACUUUCCGUUCUCAUACUCAAGGAGACGUCUUAAUAACUUACAGAAUGUUUAACACUAGUUGCGGACACGACGAUCCUUACGUGCUAUUAUUUAACAUGAACAGGGUUGAAGUAGCUAGCGUUGAUCUGAUAGUUAACGUAGUUAAGUCAUAUCAAGUGGAAGUUACUUGGCUACAGUCAAAGUAUCAAGUCGGGGAGAAAAUCAGUUCCAAAGAAAUUCACCUCUUUCCACAAGAAAGUAUCAUCCUGAAAGCUCAGUGUGAUCAGAAGUAUAUGGAAUAAUUUAGGAAUACCUACCUAAUCGUAGUGUCGACAUGAAAAAUAUUUAUUCCUAGUUUCUAGUUGAUUUGUAUUCGCUAUAAUAAAUAAAUUUUUAAAAUUUUAAUUUUCAAUUUAAUAACAAAACAAUAAAGUUACAUACUUAAUAA